GAACAAGAAUUGUCAAGUUUGUUAGAAUGAUAUGCAGAGAAUCAACAACAAUUACGAUCAACGACAAUAGAUUAUGUACCCAACUACAAUUGGUGAUAAAAUGCAGACACUGUCACAGAUGUUUUUACACUGUGCCUGCUGCAUCCACACUUGGGUAGAUACGAAUACCAGUCCGACACGCUACAGGUUUUGUGCACAUUGAGUCGAAAAUUAGUUACAAUUGUUUGCAUUGCACACAUACAAGAACCAGGAAGUGAACGUUAGACACAGUGCAAUUUUCAGUUGAAAGCAAGUUGAAGUGCAAGAUCCACAUCUAUUCAGUAACUCCAUUGGAAAUACACAGACACACAGACAAUAGACCUAGCCAUAGCUCUGGAAGCCCAUUUCAGACUUGGCCUUAGUCUUACAAGAACAUUUGUGGUAAACUGGUUGGCAAUAUUCACUACAUACACCUGUCCUCUUGACAAAUAACUCAGUUUCCUCUUGCACAAACAUGACAGAAAUCCAUCUUCUAAACUUGCAAAGAAUCUUCAAACGCCUGUCUGGCAGUUGUGAGUUUUAGAGGAGGUUUCAUUUGGCAGAAAAAGUUUGCUAAAAUUUCAUGAACUUGAAGAAAAAGACAAGGAGCAUGAGACUUCAGGAGAAGUGUGGCACACACAUUUUUAGUCCAACUGGAAGUUUGACACCAUCUCCAUUGCCUGUUUCCUUUAACUGACUGGCCGUUUUUCACCUUUGUCUCCAUAAAUAACAUUUUAACGGUGAGUACAAAAUUUGCAUUUAAACUGAAGUCACAUAAACCAAUUAUGAUAAUUAUUUAAUUAGGAAAAUCCUUGGAAAUCACACCCCUGAUCAGUGCAGCAAGUUCUGUGCAGAUUCAGUUGAAAAUCAGCAUCCACCAACGAGGAAGUGAACUAGAUGCUCCCUUCCCUUGACCCAGUCUCAGAAGUUGGAGACAGUGCAAUUUUCGGUUCUUUAGAUAUGGUAAUCAUAUGUUACAGAAUGGAAAAAAAGAAAGGCCUCAAAUCCGACCACAGUUGAGGGUUUAAAUCUCUGGAACUGAAAAAAGUUGUUAAAAAGUAGUAACAGUGACAAAACCUCAAUCUACAAGUCUGCCUUCCCAAUUUCUCGAAUUCAUUCAAUUUUGUCACUAAAAUCUGCCUCUAUUGAAACCAGAAAUGUUCAAAAUAUAUUGUGAUAUGCCAAAACUAUUAAAUGUGAGGCCUUAAAAGUCCAACUUUACAUGUAAUAAUAAUAUCUUUAUAAAUUACAUGCCUUAGCUGAACUACAUAAGUUUAACAAAUUGACUGCACUGAAUACAUGGAAGUAUACAAUUUCCAAUAAGGAAGUUUUAUCAUGUCAAGAAAUAUCCCAGAAUCCACCCUGAGGUUUCAGUUUUUGUCUGAUAUAUGACACUUUGAAGAAUUCACAGUGAAACUUGUUCAAAGAAGGAAACUGAACAAUUCCAAUCAACAAUUGAGAAAGCAUGACAAUUCGUUGAGGGUGUUUUAUAUUAAUUAUUCAAAUUCUCCCCAACACGCUUUUCCUUGGCCACAUUUCUAGUUUUAAAGUCAAACUUGACAACUGUUUUGCUUAUAAAAAAGAUGAUGUCUUGUCUAAGAAGUUUCUUCCUUAAUAAUCGCAAACAAUAAUCCUUACUCGUAUGUGCAUUGACAAACUUAAACUUUUUAAAACAGGAAGAAAAAAGAAGAAAAGCAAGUCUUGUUUCACUUUCACAUACAGAAUUAUGUGUUAAUGCAUUAUGAUCACAAGUUGAUUGACAGUCUUGCUCAUAAACCAUAAUUUGCUUGGCCCAAUCACAAUCACCUUCACUAAAAGCUGACCAAUCAGCUGACAGUCCACCCAAGAGUUCAGUACUUAAUUUUCCAAGGGUGUCUACGGUAAACUUGUUGGUGUCUGACUACUAACUGAGUCUCAUCUUGCCGACACUUGAGAGAGAUUUCUCUUCCAAGUUUACAAAUAAUCUGUUGGGGCUAGUACUGCACCUUUCAUUUCUUCAACUGUGACUCCGAGUGGCCAUUUUGCAGUCCUGUCUCUAAGAAGAUCUAAGCUUUUCUUUGCACGAGAGAAUAUCUUACAACCGGAACAUUGUGAACAACAACACUUGGCAGCAGAAUCACAAAGACGAUCAGACAGAGACAUUUUUGGUCACACUUAAUACCAGCUCUGUCUUCUAUCACUUUCAAGAGUGAACGACACUAUUUUCUAUUUUCCAUCAUUGUCUCUUCACUUCAAAGAAAACCACACACACUGAAGGGCCUACAGUUGCUGAUUUGAAGCCCAAACCAACGAAUGUUGACUGGUUGGUGCACAAAUGUAAAAUCACUCAGGGAACCAGCCGGGACCGUCUCCAAAUUGCAUGUACCAACAACUCCACAAUGGCAACUUAGAUAUGCAUUGAAACACAACAUCUAUUGGCAUCAGAGCAGAACAAUUUUGAAUUUCAAGUUAAGUAAAUCUGAAAAAUCCUGAUAUUUGAAAGUAGAAUACUUUGACAGAGGAAAAAUACAAUCAGCUCAGUUGCCAGCUAGAAAAAGUAAAACAAAUUAGAUAUACGUUUUGAAUAAAAACUUGAGGAGUUCAACAAGAUUGAGAUGUUUGGCGAUUUGGAUAUUUUUGAGGCAUUUGUGUAUGGAAAUGCCUCUAUGACUACAUAUCAACUUGAUUUAAUCAUGUGUACCAUGUUGACAUGCCUUGUACAGAAUCAGUCUGCCGAGUGUGGGGCUAAUGCGUAUGUCUUAUCCAAUGAUCCAUCACUUCUUCUCAUACAAAGUAAUGACGACCAAGCAACCAUUUCAUCUGAUGCUGCUGUCCAUGCAGCUGCAGGAGGUAGCACAGAGAUGAAGUAUUUCCAUCAUUCUCAAUUCGUUGCCCAUAUAACUGAAGAGGACGUCCGACUUCUUGAAUAUUCAACCAUAGAUAUAGUUGUCUUUAAAUACAUGGUCCCCUUCAUUAAGGCAUUUGGCCUACUAGCUAAUCUGGCCUAUUUUUUCACCCUUUUUCGAGUACGUGACUUGCGCAACACUGCAAACUUUUAUCUCGCAAAUCUAGCAGUGGCAGACACAAUUAUAUUAAUCAACGGGUUUGUACCUGAUCAACAUGAGAUUAUACACACACGCUACAGGUCAGACUAUGGGAAUUUUAGUGAUGCAUACUUUUCAUUCUUUUUGGUGUCCGUGAUGGUGCUUGACAUGUCACUGGAUCUUGGUAAAAGUUUCUGUACCCUAAUCACUGUUGAGAGGUACAUAGCUAUUUGUCAUCCAUUUAAAUAUAACCAAAUUCAGACCAAGAAACGAGCAGUAAUGUUGGCAACAGUGGCGUGGCUUAUUCCAAUCGCAUUUGGCAUUGCAACCUUGGUUCAAAGACAAUCUACUUGGAUAUAUGUUUGUCAGAUAGGGCCAAUUGGAGAUCAGUAUGACUCUCUGACGGGUCUGUUGAAGAAUCGGAAAUUACAGCAGCUACCAUUGGCAUAUGAGCUUGUCUUGGUUUCUGUACUUUGUUUGGUAUUACUCGUUAAUUUUGUCCUGUAUGUGCUGAUCAUAAAAGCAAUUCGAAAACCAUCACCAGUUACUUCUGAAACCGCACAAGUGAGCAGGAGACAAAAGCAGGUGACCUUGACUCUAGUUGUAAAUGGAAUCUUUUUUGGCUGCUAUCUCCCCACAGCAAUAGAUUUGGUUCUUUUUGUAGUACAGCGUACACAUCCUGAUUUCAUGACAGGUGAAGUGUGGAUUAACUAUGCCGAUACUGCCAGUUGCGCAAUUGCUUUACUGAUACUAAUCAACUCGUCCAUUAAUCCCAUCAUCUUCAAUGUUGGCAGUGAGAGAUUCAGGAAAGCAUUCCUGGAAGCGUUCUGUUGUAAGAAGAGACCACGACCAGGAAACAACAUCCCACUCCGAAUUAUCAGGCAAAAUAAUGCACAACAGUAAAGAUGCCUUGCUGGCCAGGUAGUGGGGGAGCUUUGUUUAGUUGGGAAAUUUUGGACCGAGUUGAAGGGAAAAUAUUUGUUCCCCAAAUGAAUCUGUCUUUACUACAUGUGUAGGGUCCCCACAAUGAAUGAGAAAGAACACACAUCUUGUUUUCCAGGUUUUGUACACAAACACUGUUUGGCAAAUCCCCAGAGGUUGAUCAUUUAUCAGGUGUUGAAAUGCUACCCCUGUGCACUAUUCAACUGUUGCCUGCUGUGUAGGGAUCCGUACCUCUUCUUAAAACAACAACUUGCUGUAAUCUACUGGCAUUCCACUCAAUAAGGGUGAAAUUGGCCCAGUUAAAAACAUUAACGUAUGAUGUAAACAAAAGUGGUGGUCGUAGCUUCACUGUUCCCCACAGCACAUCUCAUGUACACAAACCAACACAGCUGUAAAAUGUCACACCCAAGUUCACAUCAAUACCAGUGAUGUAGUUGAGACUACUUAAGGCCUUCACAAGACCAAAAAGAACCACCACAAGCCCUCCAGUCCGAAUUCAAGUCACAAGCUAUUCAUGCGAACUGCAACAAAAGCAUUCCUUUGUCAUUAUUCACCCAUU